CAUUGAAAAGGUUUUUAUUGCAAUUUCUUGAUCUUCAACCGACCGAAUAUUAGAAACAAAAAGAGGUAAGUCUUCAACAUGACUCCUUGUCCACCUAAUGCACUGGGCCAAUUCGCCUGCUACAACUUGGUGCUGGCCAAAACCCAAGGAUCGAAACUGAUCUAAAAAGAAAAAAUGAAUAAUGUACUAAACUUAAGACUGUACUAAAGUAGAGAGACUAGCCAAUGCAAAUAUCUCAUUUCCAUCCUCUACCUUCAUUUCGAACCUGCACUGCACAGCACCCCGCCGCGUGUGACAUUGGCAGCGCCACCGGAGUGACAUCCUGAUCCGGCCGACAUGCCGGUUUCCAAAAACAGUCCCACCGGACUCACCGGACGCUAAACCAUUGUGAGGAGGAAGCGCAUGAGAACAUGCAUUUAUGGUUAUUUUAAUUUCUAUUUUUCGGAUGGCAAUGGUUAUUUUAAGUUUUAAGCAUACGAAACAAAAAAUCGUGAAUUAUCUUUAUUAAAAGACGUGUUCCAAACAUCAUGGAUCUGGAUUUCUACUUUCUGCUCCUAUCUUUAGCUAAAACUGCUGAAGCACCCCUCCCACGCCACUGCUCCAGAUUAGCUCAGCGAUCAAAUAAUAUGGAAAAUUUAACCAAUUUCUUUGUAUUGUAAUUUGGGAGACCCUUAGUACGCCCUCCAUUUAAUUAUAAAUAAAUAUAUUUUCACAAAAAUAAAAAAGAUUGCUAAUCUUAUUUACAUAACUAAAUAAUUACAUUUUUAUUAAUAAUUUAAUAAAUUAAUCUUCUACACACUAAUUUUGAUAUGGGUGAAAACAAUAUUACUUACUAUUCAUUCAGUUAAAGUUAAAUGAUUCUUAACCUUAGUCUCUUUCUCCAUUUCUCAAAAAAAUAUAGUAAUUUAAAAAAAAAAUUAGUCUUCUACACACAUUUAAUAUUGAAAACCAUUCCAAUAUCAAAUUUUGAUAGAUUUCAAUUCUAAAAGGAUAAAUGAUAAACAAAAUA